UAUAAAACUUUCAUUUGACAUGUUUACGACAAGCGUGUCGUUUUGUAAUAAAUAUCGCAUCCAACUAUGCGAUGCUAUUAAACAUCUUAAUGCAAGUUCAUUCAUUCGAUUCCGAUUAUGACGUGGGAAAUGACGAUGCAUUAGCCACGAUGCAAUUACCGCUGAUAUCGACGAAAGAACUUAAUUAAACUAGCGCAGUAAAGAAAUAAUUAAAAGACGUCCGAAAAAGAAAUGGAAAAAAGUUCCAGUUUGUGUUUCCUCUGUUUACUUCGGCCCAUAUUAUCGUCGAUUUACGUAAUUGGACUAGAUUUCAUUUCACUCUGCCACUGUUUGCCAAAUGGCAAAGCGAGUAGCUGUAAAGCUAAAUUAUAUAAAGUAUAUAAGAUUUUCUUGGAAUCGUUUCUCUGGUUAAUGGUAGUUCAUUUCUUUAUUCAACUGAAAGAUAAAGAUCAAAUGUGCGUGCGCUGGAUAAAUCUGUACGGAAACGAUGCCAAUUCCGUAACCAUCGUAUACGUUACUUUGGCCGGAUACUUGGCCUCGCAAUACAGCAUUCUGAGACGUAAAAAAUUUGCAUUUCGUCAACACAGGGUGGUUUACAGCGAAGAAGAGAAUGUAUGUAAACUGAUUGAUCUGGCUUCGCUGGGAAUUAUUUCCUUAAUUUUCAUUCUAUUGAUGGCUACAUCAAUGUCUACAAUAUUUACCUUCGAAGGUCUGAAGAACCAGGGAAGCGCGGACACGGAAGCUUUGGUCUGCACCACAAUUUUGUCUGUCUGGUUUUUGUUGCUGGUUGCGCAGGCAUUUUCUGUCUUAUUCAUUUCCGCUGUUAUUCUAUUUACCAUAACUUCCAGUUUCUUUCGUUUAUCGAAAGAGUUAAUAUAUCUGAAGAAAAAGUCUACGAUUUGCAAAGAUAAUAUAAACAGAUUUAUGAUGGAAAAUUUCGGGUUAUGGGAAGUAAUCAAAGAUGCGAACGCAACGUGGGAACAUACGUAUCCUUUAAUAAAUUCUCAUUACUUGUACCUGACGUGUUUCUUCGUGUACGGAGCGCUCUAUGUACAAAUGCACGAAUACAUCCGAAUCGCCGUCGUCAUCUUUUCUAUUUUCAUCGUAGCCGCCAUUUUAAUAGUAUCGUUUCUUUUAUCUCGAGUAUCUUCUACGAUAUACGAUAACUUUAUUAGCAUCGGAGUGUUUUCUUCUUCAAAUCUCCCCGUGCUGAAUAAAAUGAAAAUUUUAAACUUUAUGAAUAGAUACACUGGAAUAAUUAAAGGUAUUUCGAUCGGAGGUUACAUUACUAUUAAAAAGACAUUCGUUAUUAGAAUGGUGAAUGGAUUAUAUUCCGUGCUUUCGUCUUUAGUGGAAUUAAGAACGUCGAAAGUGAAGAAAUCGAAUUGCGCAGAAAGAAGUUACUCUUGCAACACUACUUCAAACUACACAAAUUUUUAACUGCAAUAUUAUCGCAGUUUGUAACCGUAUCAGUUUUCGUAAUUUAUUUCUCAUCAACCGAUGUACGAACCGUGUGAAUGAGCUUGUUAUAAUUAAGUUCUUUCAAUUCAAUCAGUUUUAAAAUUAAUUAAACAGCCAUUCUUCAAAAGUCAUUUACUUCAGAAAUUUGAAAGUACGACGAGUCGUAUAUUUUGGAGAAAGUAACUAAUUGUUUCGAGAAUGUUUAACUGAUCGAAAACGUCCAAGAGGUGCCAUAUAUGCUUUACUAAAAACUGGCAAAACUGUAAUCUGUUAAAUGUGUAUAUAUACAUACAAGAAAAACUUCGUACACGAAGUGUUUAGCCGGCGGAAAAGAGGGUAAAACGGUAGGUGAAAAAGGAGGGAGAGGACAGUGGCGUACCGAA